GCUAUGUAUUUAUUUUUCUGCAUGAUGUUAUAAACGUGCAAAAUUCUCCUAAAUACACGUCAAAUUAUGGCAAAUCUAGAGAAGCUUAUUAAGGCAUUUGAAGCACUUAAAACAACACAACCGACCGACUCUGUUACGGAUGAGAAGCAGAGGAAAAAGGAACCAGCUACAAAAAAGGACCAGAUCAGCCAUUGUAAUACGAUAGCUGAAGCACUAUGCAUGCCAAACUUAAGAUCAAACAGUGAGUUUCCGAAAUUUCUGGGCAUCGGCAUCGAAACCUUACUAGCGUGCUGUGAUUCGCCAGAUGCUGAUGUGAGAAUCGUUGCUGACGAGUGCCUGAACAAGACCGUGAAGACACUGCUGGAAACAAACCUGGGCCGCCUGCAGGUGGAACUGUAUAAGGAGAUCAAGAAGAAUGGCGUAUCUCGCAGUCUUCGUGCGGCACUGUGGCGGUUCGCUGAUCUCACACAUCUCAUCAGACCUCAGAAAUGCAGGCCAUACAUUGUGAAUCUGCUACCAUGCGUAGCUCGCAUAAGUAAACGUCCGGAGGAGUCAGUGCAGGAGACCUUGGCGGCAGCCAUGUUGAAAAUAUUUCCUGUCCUAGGAAAGUUUACCAAUGAUGGCGAAGUGAAGGUGUUAUUAAAGGCAUUCCUGCCCAACUUGAAGUCUAGCUCAGCUGUGUGCAGGCGCACAGCUGCAAGCAGCCUCAGCAUCAUCUGCCAGCAUUCUAGGAAGCCAAAACACUUCUUUGCUUGGCUGCUUACAAUUCUUCUAGAAAUGCCGACGGCGGCAGCAGGAGAGGCUGAGAGUGCAUGCAUGCUGCUGGGUGUGCUGAUGUGUCUGCGCCACAUCGUGUCGCAUAUGUCCUGCAGCGACGCCGGUGACGUCGACAACCCUCUGAAGGGCAGCUUUGGCAAAAUAGCAAAGGGCCUUGAUCUAGGUGUCGCCACCGAUCAGCUCGUCCAGAUGUUUGAGAUGCUGCUGUGCUGCACACAGCAUUCAAACCACAAUGUUGUCACGGCAGCAUUGGAAACCAUGCAUCAGCUGCUCAAGCAUCCCACUCCAUCUCUACUCAGCAUCCUUCUGUCGCCAGAUGGUAUCCCACAGUCGCAGACGCACGACCUAACGCAAGAGAGGCUGCACUCAAGAUCUGCAAGCUCGGCGUCUUUGCUGCCAUCACUAGCUGAUGAUGAAGCUCCAUUGGAGGAUGAAAUGGAAGAUAGUUCUUUGCAUUUUGCGGUUAGCGAGGGUGAUUCUGGUACUGGUUCAGCUACCCCUCCUCGAUUUACUAUUGGUGCUGAGGAAGGUGAUACAGACACUCCCUCUAUCCGGGACAGUAAUAGUCAGACAGGAUUGGCGGAACUGGGUGUAGAUGGGCUAGAUUACUCGAGUAUGGAGAUAGGUGUGUGCCAGGAUUCACCGCUUACAGAGAUGCCUAUUAGGAAUAUUGACUCAGCACAAUUCCACGAUGUGAGUACAACGCCUAGUGAAGAUCUACCAGGGGAGGCUUCUGCAGGCCUGAGCAGUAGAGGGCAGUCGCCACUGCCAGUCUCACCAGCUUCACAGGUCGACUUCUGUGUUGGUGAGAUAGGCAGCCUGUCCAGCCAGCCGGCGUUGGUGUACUGCGUGCGCCACCUAUGUCGAUCAUUCUUGUUGACGGGAUAUCGAGGUUGCAUCAUUCCGGACAGGCACACGAGGGUUAGCAUCAAGUCGCUAGCCCUCGGGUGUAUAGCCGCAGCCGUCACGCUCUAUCCUGCUGUGUUCUUCAAACCAUUCUUCGUGCAGGAAGACGAAAAUAUUACUGGCGUAGAGGAUGUGCAAUUCAUAGAGGACGUGUGCCUCUACUCAACCCACAGCGAUCCUCAGCUGAGUGGAAACACUGCUCUGCUCAUCGGCUGCCUCAUCACCGCGCUGUUGAGUGAAUCGAGGGGAGGAGCGAUAAAACAUGAAACAAGUAAGCAUGUGGAUACUACUAUGCAAGACCUGACAGACCACCUGAGCUGCGUGCUGUUGCAAAAGUCGAGUGUGUCCAUCAGACUUGGCUUGGUGGCGCUGCGUUCGUGUCUGCCACUGCUACUGGACAGCAUCUACAGUCAGUUGGGAUUCAGUCUCGCACAGCAGCUGCUGAAGCUUGCCAGCAACAGCUAUUGGCUUGUGAAGGUAGAAUUAGCUGAUGUGUUGGGUGACCUGGAUUACAAGGUUCUGAGUUACCUGGAGACUUCUAAACAGCAAUUCACACUUCACAAGCAGGUCCCCUUCCAGGAUAGAGUGCUACACCACGUGUUGCUUUUACUCAUUGGUGAUGAGGACAUGAGGGUGAGACAAGCUGCUGCAACUACCAUCGUCAAGAUUGUGCCUAAUCUGUUCUUUGAGAUGGAUUCGCCACAGCAAGAUCCAGUUGUGACGAAGGCUCGUGAUCUUACAUGCAAGUUUCUGGAUCCAGUUCUCACCGAUGAGCAGAUAUCGCAGCCAACAGUGCAUGGCUUGGUGCGAGCAUACAGCCAAGUAGCUGGAGCGGCAUAUAGUACAGGGCUGGAGUCUGCAUUAUCUAGAGUUAUCCAGGCUUUGAUGCAGAAGUUGAUUCAGUCCACAUCUAAUCACCUCACUCUGGGCUGCUUGCACGUGCUAUGCUUGUUAUCGGAAGAAUAUUCCGUGCCAAAGUUCCCGUCUGCUUGGACGUGUGCUACACUGCCAUUGGUUCCAUCUCACAGUGAGUUGACCCCAACUACUAAGGUCAACCCUGCACUUGGUGGCCGCAGAAGUCUGACGGACCGUGACAAAUGGAUGAAGUUGAACCUGCAGGAUCCGAGCAUGGGGUCGAGCGGAGGUUCCCUCGCUCUCAUCCUCAACGUGCUGGCAUCGACGUCCGCCAUGCUCAACCUCACUGCGCACAAACACGCCCUGCUUCUCGCCGGAAACAUCUUUGCUGGUGCAGCGUACAAGGCGUUGAGACCAGAGGAGGAGAGAACUGAAGGUCAGAGCUGGUCGAUGCUAGACGAUCAAGCCGUGGGCGCACUAGCUGACAACCUACUGCUGCAUCUUGCCAGAUUGCUGAAUAUCUGUACACAUGUGAUUGAGGGCAUUCAACCCGGCCCACCGCAAAGCAAGCCCGUCCUACCCUCCCUGCCGAAUGCUCCGUCACUGAGCCCCAUUAAGAGGAAAUCUGUUAAGAAGGAGGAGAAGAAGGAAGGCAAAGAGGCAGCUGUACUUUCCUCCAGCAAGACAACAACGGAUGGAACACCUGACAAGGCAGAUGCCACAAAAGAGAAGAAAGAGGAGAAGGAGAAAAAGGAGAAAGUGUUACUGGGUUCCUUCUUCAAUCUACCAAGCUAUAUGAACCUGUAUGAAGUGAUGAGAGGGGCCUACAACAACUACAAGCUGUUAAAAGCACUCUUCGGAACAAACCUGUCCAGUCAGUGGGAACCGAAUCAGCAGGUGAGUGCUGGGGCGCGGCGGCCGGGCAAGGUGACGCGGCUGAUGUCAACGGUCAAGCCCGGCCUCUACCAUUGCUGCUUCACCGCUCCUGCUGCUCAAUUCACUCAGGGAGUGCUGGCUUCGGGGCUACGAUCGCCGAUGCAGGGAGAGGAAAGUAUAUCCCCAGGGUUUAUUGGUUGGAUGAGGCACAAGCUUGAUAAUAAAAUGCCAACGAUAUUCAAGCCGGGAAACCGUGAGAAAGCUCCCAUAGCAUCCUACAUUCGACUGUUUGAACCGCUAGUCAUUAAGGCGUUGAAGCUUUACACGAUUACAAGUUCGACUGACUUACAAGUACAGGUGUUAGAUUUGCUCGCUCAGCUUGUGCAGCUACGCGUUAACUACUGCCUGCUCGACUCCGAACAGAUCUUCAUUGGAUUCGUCAUCAAGCAGUUUGAGUACAUUGAGGAAGGGCAGAUCAUGAACAGUGACAAGCUGAUUGCCCACAUUUUUCACUUCCUGGUGCUGUUGUCGUAUGAAAGAUACCACUCCAAGACAAUAAUAGGCAUGCCAAAAAUCAUUCAACUCUGUGAUGGCCUAAUGGCAAGUGGACAGGCACCAAUAACUCAUGCCAUUCCAGCGCUGCAGCCGAUCGUGGUUGAUCUGUUCGCGGUGAGGGGAACUGUGAAUAAAGCUGACAUCGGCAAGGAGUUGGAGACGCAGAGGGAAGUUGUUGUGUCGAUGCUCUUCAGAUUGGUGCAUUACCAUCAGGUUCUGGAUCUGUUUGUGUUAGUGCUGCAGCACUGUCACAAAGAUGGCGAGGACAAGUGGAAGCGCCUAUCCAGACAGAUCGUCGAUGUACUGCUGCCGGUGCUUACUAACUACGAGAUAAACCUAGAUGACCAAGCUGCGUUGGAGGUAUUACAUCGCCUGUUUGAGGUGGUGGCGCCAUCUGUGUUCAGGCCUGUGGACAUAUUGCUCAACACUCUGCUUGUACCACCGAAGCCACUGACUACUGUACAGCGAGUGCAGCGUUGGAUGUGCCUUGCCCUGGCUAUAUUGAGAGUGCUGAUCUAUCAGGCUAAAGAAGAGGUAGUUUUGUCACGGUUGCGUGAACUAGGCCUCUACGUAACUAUUUACACGGAUACACAGGGACCGAGUGAAUCGCUAUCAGAGGAAGAAACACUAGCCAGGUUUCUACUGCAGGUUGUUGGCAUGGUGUCGAGGGAAAUCUGCAGCAAGACUGGGAUUCCUGCUUCCACUCAGCCCGAAGACUGCACGUUUCUCUGCCACCAACUCUCCCAGCUGCUUCUCUACAUCAUGCACAUGUUCCAGUCCGGGAUUUACAGGCGAGUGGCGACGGCUGCUAUGUCUAUGAUCGUCGAGGAACCUCCGGCCUGCUUCUACAGCGUCAGGCAGAUCAACGGCUACUUCCACGCACUGCGCAUGACGCAGCCGACGCUGCUGCUGCAGUGGUGCAACAUACUCACGCUGCUGAACUACGAUGACCAGUCGUGGUGGAGUGAACUGAUGCAGACGCAUAGGCCUUCAGCCACGCAGCAGCAGAUGGAGGAGUUGCAGAAGGGGUGGGGACGGCCACUGUCCUUGAGUUUGGAAAUGGUCAGGCGAGGUGGACUGAUUCUGUUUUGUGAUUAUGUUUGUGAGAACCUGAACGAUACUCUCCGUGACGUGACAAUACUUGCUGAUACUCGCUGUGACGUGACGAUACUUGCUGUGACGCGACGUGGCGAUACUCGCUGUGACGUGACGAUACUUGCUGUGACGCGACGUGGCGAUACUCGCUCUAUUAACUCACGCUGUGAUAACUUCAACAUGCCUGCGCUAGAAAAGAAGACGCUGCGCUGCCUGGAGGCGAUUCACCACACGCAGAGCGGCCCCCUGGUGGCGUUGCUGAUUGAUCGCAUGCUUGCGACGCACCACCUGUCAAUAGCCAGGAUGUGCGACACGGUGACCUGCCGACGACUGGAGAUGCUGCUGGCAGAUACACCUCGGCAGAACUGUCAGGAGCAGCUGCCGCUCGACGACCUUGAGAAGCUCAUUGACACGAUGAAGCAGAGGGCGCUAGCGCGGCGGCACGUGCGUCUCACGACGCUGCUGGGUCGCGUGCGGGACUCGCUAGCGCCGGCCGCGCCGCGCACGCUGCUCUCGCCCGAGCGCUCGCACCCGCUCGCGUUGAGCGCGGCCGCUCACGUGCGCGACAUCGCCGUCAACAAGGACUGGCUGCUGUCGAUCACGUGGGAGCAGUGCUGCCGCGCGGAUGCGGCGCCGGCGGGAUGCGCGAAGCUACUCGCGAACCUCGACUAUGCCGACCAGCUCGCGACGAUGAAGGCGAAGGGCUUCAACGCGGCGGUGCUGCGCGCGUGCGUCGCACUCGGCCUCCGCAAGACCGUCGACGCGCUGUACGGCGCGCGCGACGCGAUGUCGCCGAGCGAGCAGGUGGCGCCGCCGCUGCCGCUGCCCGGACUCCCCGAGCAGCGCGAGCAUCCGCUCUACAGGGCGUCGCGAGUGUCACUGAUGCAGCAUAUAAGUGGGAUCGUGGCGGGUCUGCCUACGCCCCAUCAAGCGCCAAACUUCCUACAGACGCUGGCAUCGGGGAAGCACGGUCGCUUUCUCAGCAAGCUGGAGAGCUUUCUGUGCGAACAGCCGAUGUGGAGCUUCAUGUUCAGCCUGGCUCCGGCACUCACCAGCUUCCUGGAGUCACACGAGGCGUUGCCGUGGCAACUAAAUCUAGGCCAGGAAGCCAUGUGCGACAUCUGCAGAUUUGGAGUUCUGAUGUUGGAGGCGGUACAGUGGAAGUAUUCGACGGAGCGCGUAGUCACGGCCAGUGAGCUGCAGUCGGCACUUGACUGCUUUGCCGUGAUCAUAUGCGACAGCAGGCUGUUUGGCAUUCUCAACCGCGAGCAGGCAGCGCCACCUAUGGAGAGCAACGUCACGCUGAUUCUGUCCGCCGUUAGUUGUGUGCAGCACAUCCUCAGUAAGGCGAGGAACAUACAGGAGGCACCAUCAGGCCAGGUGACGGAGGCAUGUGACACCUCCACUGUGAUAGCCUGCCAACAGAUCACUGAGCUGAUGCAGUGGAUAGAAGCGCAGUACUGCCAGAGCAAGCAGACUUCCACGCCUCCGCUACCUGAAUACCUAGUCCAGCCGAUGAUCACCAUCAUCACAGGUCUGGCGCGACUGUCGUUGCUCACGAGCCACGCCCGCCUCCCGCCGCUCGCGCGCACGAUGGGCUGGGUGCCCGUGACCUCCGACCCCUCGCAGCCACCGCUGCCGACCGAGUUUCUGCAGGAGCGCGACGUGCUGCGACAGUUUGUGCUGCGUGCGAACGCGCUCGGCUUCACCUCCCGCCAGCAGUUCGAGGAGCUAUGGGUGACACUACUCGCCGUCCUCGGCGCCUCGCAGGAAGAGGUCGUCACUAUCGGCGGCGUCGGCGGACAGCACGAGGAGAUGGAGCGCGUGCACGUCAGCUGCCUCGUAGUGCAGGGCCUCACUGCGCUGCUCAUGCAGGCGCUGCUGCGGCCGCGGCCGGGAAACCCGAUCGGCGGUCAGUUUCUGCACGCGCAGCGUGACAAGCCGCCCGCGUUUCUGCAGACGAGGACAGGGAAGAGGCUGACGAAGGUACGCGGGAUCAUACAGAUGGAGAUAGAGAGCCUGGCCGGUAGCAGCCGCUGCGAGCGCCCGCCGGGGGAGAUGUAUGAGAAGAUACAUGCUUACAACAUUGAGAGAGAAGACGAUUCCUCCAAAUACACUCUAGGCCAAGUUUCCGUGGAGUCGAUCUGGUCGCGCGCGGGCAUGCUGGAGCAGGACAGCCAGCACGAGCGGCGCCACCUAGCCGCCGCCGACGUCGACGUCGACAUUCACUCCUGCCUGCAGUUCCUGCUGGAGAAUCUGUACUCGAUGUGGAUGAAGACAGGAGCUCUCGCUCACGUCGCACUGCUCACGGAGGCUGCAUGCUCCGUGGUGGUACUCUCCGACAUCUUCACGGAGCAGUCACAGUUUGAGUGGAUGUUGGAGGUGUUUCUCGACUUGCAUAAGACGCACCCGGGUGAGGACGAGAUCCUAGUGCAGUACCUACUAGUCGGAAUCUGCAAGGCAAUCAGCGUCAUUGGACUGGACUCAGCGCUGCAGGAGCGCGUUAGUAAGCUGCUGGAGCAGUCUAUGCGCAGCACUCACAUGCCGACCCGCGUCGCAGCCUACCACGGCGUGCUCUACAUACUCGAGUCGAACCAGGCCGACUUCUCAGCGACCGUGAUGCCGGCGGUGACCGAGAGCCUGCAAAAGCAACUCACCUGCCUCACAACGGGUGCGGUCUAUGGCGAGAAGUACGUGCUCGUCAUGUGGGCGGCCGUCUUCUACAUCCUCGAGAACUACCAGGAGGACCUGCGUGAGAUGGACUUCAGCUCGCGCAUGCUGCAGCUGUGCGUGAGCGUCGCGUCGGCGAGCGAGGACCGCACCCCGCUCGCCGUCUACCUCGCCAUCUUCCACGGACUCGAGCGUCUCGCCCUGACCGGCGCUGUCGGCACACACGAGCGCGACCUGGUGGUCAAACUCGCCGUCGAUCGGCUGAAGGCGCACAGUCCAGUGCGGGUUCUAGCUGGCCUGGGGCUGCUACUCAGCUGUAUGUACUCUGAGGGUCGCGUGGUGCUGGACUCCUACAGUACGGACAGCAGUGACAUGGACCCCGCGUCACCGGUGCUUGAGAUCAGAGAUCCGGAGCACCUCAUCGUGGCCAUGGAACGACUCACGAUGCUGUUUGACAGAAUCAGAAAGGGCUAUCCAUUUGAGGCUGAAGUAGUCAGCAAGAUUUUGCCACAUUUUCUGGCCGAUUUCUUCCCUACCCAGGAUGCAAUGAACAAAGUGAUAGGAGAGUUUUUGUCAAGUCAGCAGCCUCAUCCACAGCUCAUCGUUGGAGUCUUGUUCAAGGUAUUUAACAACUUGAUUCAGAAGGGUCAAAAUGACCUUGUCAAGGACUGGGUCAUGCUCUCCCUUUCUAACUUCACACAGCGGACACCCAUCGCCAUGGCGACGUGGAGCUUGACAUGUUUCUUCAUCAGUGCUUCACCAAAUCGGUGGCUCAGGGCUCUCUUCCCACAUGUGCAGAGCAGGAUGGGAUUAAUGGACAUGGUGGACAGACGAUUCUUCUGCGUGGCAGCGUUGGACUUUCGCAGUCAGGUGGUGGUACUCUCCGACAUCUUCACGGAGCAGUCACAGUUUGAGUGGAUGUUGGAGGUGUUUCUCGACUUGCAUAAGACGCACCCGGGUGAGGAUGAGAUCCUAGUGCAGUACCUACUAGUCGGAAUCUGCAAGGCAAUCAGCGUCAUUGGACUGGACUCGGCGCUGCAGGAGCGCGUUAGUAAGCUGCUGGAGCAGUCUAUGCGCAGCACUCACAUGCCGACGCGCGUCGCAGCCUACCACGGCGUGCUCUACAUACUCGAGUCGAACCAGGCCGACUUCUCAGCGACCGUGAUGCCGGCGGUGACCGAGAGUCUGCAGAAGCAACUCACCUGCCUCACAACGGGUGCGGUCUAUGGCGAGAAGUACGUGCUCGUCAUGUGGGCGGCCGUCUUCUACAUCCUCGAGAACUACCAGGAGGACCUGCGUGAGACGGACUUCAGCUCGCGCAUGCUGCAGCUGUGCGUGAGCGUCGCGUCGGCGAGCGAGGACCGCACCCCGCUCGCCGUCUACCUCGCCAUCUUCCACGGACUCGAGCGUCUCGCCCUGACCGGUGCCGUCGGCACACACGAGCGCGACCUGGUGGUCAAACUCGCCGUCGAUCGGCUGAAGGCGCACAGUCCAGUGCGGGUUCUAGCUGGCCUGGGGCUGCUACUCAGCUGUAUGUACUCUGAGGGUCGCGUGGUGCUGGACUCGUACAGUACGGACAGCAGUGACAUGGACCCCGCGUCACCGGUGCUUGAGAUCAGAGAUCCGGAGCACCUCAUCGUGGCCAUGGAACGACUCACGAUGCUGUUCGACAGAAUCAGAAAGGGCUAUCCAUUUGAGGCUGAAGUAGUCAGCAAGAUAUUGCCACAUUUUCUGGCCGAUUUCUUCCCUACCCAGGAUGCAAUGAACAAAGUGAUAGGAGAGUUUUUGUCAAGUCAGCAGCCUCAUCCGCAGCUCAUCGUUGGAGUCUUGUUCAAGGUAUUUAACAACUUGAUUCAGAAGGGUCAAAAUGACCUUGUCAAGGACUGGGUCAUGCUCUCCCUUUCUAACUUCACACAGCGGACACCCAUCGCCAUGGCGACGUGGAGCUUGACAUGUUUCUUCAUCAGUGCUUCACCAAAUCGGUGGCUCAGGGCUCUCUUCCCACAUGUGCAGAGCAGGAUGGGAUUAAUGGACAUGGUGGACAGACGAUUCUUCUGUGUGGCAGCGUUGGACUUUCGCAGUCAGCUGAAAGAGGAGGCACAGAAGAGGUCCUUCUUGCUAACUAUGCAGGCAGCUAUUCAGCCGGAUACGCCCUACACGGACCUGAUCGCCUGCAUACAAUCGCACGACUACUAAGCGUCGUAACCAUGGACACCACUCGCUAAACAGCAACCUGCCAUCCGCGUGUGGCCGGCCACGCAUCGUGUGUCCCCGCAUCACGAUGUAUCCGUGGAUGACAUGAUGUAUCCGUGGAUGACAUGAUGUAUCCGUGGAUGACAUGAUGUAUCCGUGGAUGACAUGAUGUAUCCGUGGAUGACAUGAUGUAUCUAUGGGUGGCCUGUGCCACUGUGACGCCGUGUGCAGCUAAGACUAAGAGAUCUAGUCGUGAGAUCCGGUUAUAAGUCCGUCAGGUCAGCAGUAAGACGAAAGAGAAACCUGCCCAUAAGUAGUGUGUGGCAAGGCGUUUGUACUCUCUCUAGUGUCACGCUAGGUGCCGCCCUGUGCUAGUGAUCAGAUGCAGGUGAACUGUGGCUAUGAGCAGAUGUUGAAGGAAUACCAGUGACUGCCAAACUCUGACAGUGACUGCCCGCUGUGUCACACAUCAGUGUCAGAGAUGUUCAGCGGUAGCCAGUUAUUGCCAAGUUAUACGUAUGUAGAUAUGACUCGAUGCAAGUUGUAAAGAUGCGUAUAAAUUGUCCUCGCGGUGAGAACUGAACCCGACGAUGAGAUUUUCUUCUCAAAUUUUGAUUAUGUAUAUAUGAAUAUGUAUAUGAGUGACGAUUGUCUGAAGAGCGUAUGUUCCUGUUAUUCAUGUUAAACGAUGGAUGAAAUUGCCGCUACGUUUUAUUUAACAAAAAUACAAAUUCAAUUUCCACUUUUUCCAUAGCCCUGUCUUCCCAUACUUCUUUCUUCUUGUACUCCUCUCUUCCCAUAAUCGUCUCUUCCGAUAGCCUACUUUUCCUAUAGGUGUCUGUUUCCAUGGCCCUUUCUUCCUAUAGCUCUUCCUAACUUUCACAUCGGAGGUUAUGGACCAAUGUGCUACACAUUUGAUACUAUAUAUUCUCUAACCGUAAGAUCAAUCUGAACACCAUUCUUGUUAUUGAUCAAAAAUGAAGCAUCUAACAAUCCAACAAUACAGCGAAUAAAUCUUAUUAAAUGUGUGGUCAUGGCAACCCUUACAUAUUGCAUUUACUGGGAUAGCGAACCAAGUUUGGCCAUUCUAGUAACGUGUUCUUUUUGAUGCAUAGUCACUGAGCAUGCGAUGCGCAUACCAAUGGUGGCAUGCGUAACAUGGCCCGGGAAUUUUUUUGUGAACACAGUCACUCCAUGUAAUGUUCCAAUCGGUAGGAUCUUCAUCCUUUGAUUAUUUUUGGGUUGCGUGAUGCAACUGCAACUGCAUUUGCAUUUUCUCGAUGCAAAUAGGAAUAUAGUUUUGAAGAUCGUCAGAUUAUAUUCUUAUGUGCGUGGUUACAUCUGACAUCUGACGUCCAGAGAUACAUCGUCAUGAUACAAUAUUGUGUGGCACAGCUUUUCUGUGGAUCCUCUGUGCUCCUCUCUCUGGACGCACGUUUGUUCACAUAUAGGAAUCUUAAAUCUAUUCAUAAGGAAAAUGAAAUCAAUUGUGUGAUAUUUAUUUAUGACUAGUCCCAGUUGGUCAUUGUCUUGUAGGAAAGCCUGAUGAUUUUCUAUCUUGGUUUUUGAAUACAUCUGCUAUUGCGGACAGUGACUUACGGUACAAUAAAUUCUGAAUGCCAGAAUGCAUGAAGCAGUGCAGAUGAGAGAAUGUUAUUUAUAAUUAUAAUUCAAUACACGUAAAUGCUUCUUCUAACGAGAUGAACAUUUUGGUUGGUCCUUCCCCUUUUUACUGAUCCGUUACAUGCUAGCUUCGCACGAAAGCCGAUUCCCGAGCGCUAGUACAGCUUUGCGAUGCAGGGUAGACAUUGUCAUGCAAUGGGUCAUUUUGCUCCCUUGGCAUGGUCGUGCAAAGGGUAGACAUGUUCAUCUGUAGGAUUUCGAAAUUUGACGAAGAAUUACGGCCUUUCGUGCUUCAACAAUUUAUCAAGUCAUAACAAUGAAAAAUACGCCGAAAAAUGACAAGUCCUGCAUUUCAUAAGCGUUAGUCUUUCGGAUAUUAAUUGAGAAUGAGAGUUCGAGAUUGAUAAUCGAGAUUUAAGUGGUGGGUACGAGUAGGCAGGCAAGGUUCAUGCGCUCACAACUUGUCUCUGAAUCCGUUCCAAGAAUUAAUCAAUGGAAAUCUGCAGUUUCAGGUCAACGACUCUGAGGUCCUCUGCGUUUUUAAUAACCCGCGAGUUAUUCGCAAUGUUUGAUGCGCGCGCGUGUGUGUCUGGGGGGGGGGGGAUCCGUUAGCAACGCUUGGUUACAAAGGUACAAUUGUCUAACAGACUCGAGUGUGACUGCUCUUCUACAAGGUAGCGACGGAAGCGUGGGUCCGGCAUCAGAGACUAAUACGAAAUGUUCACAGAUGAUAAUUGUUAAAACGAAUAAACACACGGUUUGUGUACUCGACGAAAUAUUCGACGACAUAUUCGGUCCGGCUAUUUUUAACGCUCAGCAUAUAGCCGCCACGACUAAUCGUUUGUUAGAUGGUUAUUAUUAAUAUUAAUUAACUAAUUAAUAAUGAAUUAGGAAUAGCGGCUGGCUGCAACAACGCGGAUUCUCUGUUUUCUUUACAGAAGUUUUUCGGGAGAAUGUAGUAGACCUAUAUUAAUUUAGCGAUGCGGGUUGGGGACAUCGUUAAUAUUACAUUUGUGUGACGAUUAUGAGUGACGAGCCUGGCCGUCGUUUUGGUGGCGUGGCUGUUUUUACUAUUACUGUUAUCGUACCUGUUUUGAAGUUAGCCGUUAGAUCAUUUAUAACUUCAUUGAGGCCUAGCAAAGAAUAUUGAAUUUGCCUAUAUAACGGGGAUGUAUAUAUUAUACCUCAAAUUAUAAUAAACUAAAUUCUAAUACCUUGCAUUUGAAAA